UUGCCUUCCGCGAACAAAGCUUUAACGCAAGUUUCCGCACAAGGCGAGAUAUCCAGAAGGAAUACCAUCUCACUUUUCGAACUUUUCCGUGCAUUAUUUUUCUGCUCCGCCUGCUCCCACAGGUUUUGUUGGCAUCUCUGAUAGAUGACAAACGAGAGGCACCACUUGCAGAGAUACUAGUAGUAACAAUCCAGGACUUUGGUACCGGGCGGCCUCAAUACUCAAUACGGUAGCAGCGAAGAACCUCUGUUUGGUGAUGAACAACACAUGUGACCGCAUCCGCCAUGGACAACCGCCUGAUGCCCUCAGCGUAUCUGUUUUCAUUGUUUCCACGGAAGUUUCCUGUUCACCGACACCAUGACUGUAUACGUACGUAUCCUGCCCAUCAAACGUUAUCUCUGUUCCUGGUCUCUCUGUGCACAUGGAAAGACUUUGUUUAGCCCCGGACAGGUAUUCUUCGUCGAUAAUCGAUCAAGCUACAGUCAUACCUGGAAGACUACACGUGUAUGUCCCAAUGUGAAAGUUUCAACCUUCUUCCCAUGAAAACCUGGGAGACACCGGUGUCAAUCAAGCAGAAGGACACAAACAGAGUACUGUAUCAAGGUGGCUAUGCAUAGCUAGCUCUCGAAUCAAUCAGAAACACCUGCUCACCGAAAUAGACAAGCAGACCAUGGUACAGGACCGAAAGGUAGAAACCAAAACAAAAUGGACCUUGACCAAGCUUCCAGCAGUUCCUAGUAGUCUUUUUUCAUCCUUGUCAUUUGACUCUGGCUGCAAUCCCUCUGGUGUGAAGAGUGUUCAAGUUGAAUGUGGGAAGUGCUUUUUGAGGGGAACCGCGUCUUACAAAUCGACAGUCAAACGGAUUUUCCUCCAGUUUCACCAGAAUGUUACCCCUGAGACGGAUGCCAUCUAUUGGGGAUGCCCGGUGGAUACAGAAAAUAACAUAACUUUUACAUUUGAGGUUGGCCCAGGUGAUGAAAUUGUCAAGAUCCUCGUCUGGUCAGAUGGAUGGUGCAUCCAUGCAGUCCAGUUCCAUACUGGAGCAGGAGUUGUCUCUCCCAGGUUUGGCAUACCACAAGAAGCGAUUGUAUCGUUUGCUUCAAAAGUGACAGCCUUUGAAGGUACCCCUGGUUCCAGAUUGGUAGGUAUCCAUGGCAAAUUUGGCGGUAGCAUUCAUGAACUUGGAUUCUCCUUUGCCACAGCCAGCAACGUCCCUUGUGAGAUUGGAAACGUUGCUUCUACCUGCGAUACUACUGAUGAGGACUCAAUUACCAUGGUAAGCAUAGGACCACAAGGCUAGCUAUCCAGGCGUAGGUGGUAGAUCAAUCAAUCUCUUUGGCAA